AUGACACGUCGCCAUAUUGUUUUGAUGGUGAUGAUGAAAACGUGUCGUGUUGGCAGGCAGUCUUGACAAGCGACAGUGAGAUCUGUGCUGUGCACAGAUGAAUAACAUGAGUCGACGGAAUGGCAACCUCCUCAAGGGUGUUGUGGUCUCUGCAACACUCUUGUGUGGUGUCUACUUUAUUUAUAUUUUUAACAAUACAAGCGGUAAACUGAAAUCGACAGAACGAAUUGCAGAUAGGUACCGUCGGGAACAGGAAUCUCUACGUACACAACUGCAAGAAUUAACAGCAGCUAAAGAUGAUAUGCAUCAGAGGAGUGAAAAUGAAAAAAAAGAAUUUAUUAACCGUUUAAAUACAUUGAAUCAACAUCAUAAAAUGCUUAAGAGUCAGCAUGAUGAUCUACAAGCAGAUUACAGCCGACUACAGUCAGAGAAGGAGAAGGACAAGGAAGAUACAAAACUACAGGAAGAUCAGAGAAACCAGGAGUAUAUGCAGCUUAAACAGGAAAAAGAAUUAGAAAUCUCAAGUUUACGGGAUCAACUAGCCAAUCUGGGCAGAGAUAAGGAGGAUUUGACGGAACAAGUAACCAAGUUGGUUGGUCAACUCAAGGACAGUCAGAAACAGCAGGGCCUAGAGCAGGCAGAGAGAGUGAAUCUAGAGCGGCAGGUUCAGCAGAUCAAGACACAAGUUGAUACAGGUGUAAGGGAGAGAACUGGACUUGAGAUGCAGAUUGAAGAAGUAAAGCAACAACUUAACUUAGAUCGGGCAGUGAAAAGGAACCUAGAGAAGCAGAAUGCUGCUAUGAAGGACAAAUUCUACUCAGAACAGACUGUGAUUGCACAGUUAGAACAACGAUUGAAAAACUUGGAAAGCGAAAAGGAAAAGAUCAGACAGCAGAAUCUACAGCUAGCUCAAGCUCAGCAGGCUCAGAAACCAUUUGAGCAACAAGGGGGACAACUCCAACAACAACAACAACAACAACAACCACAACAACCACAACAGGGACUACCACAACAAGGGUUUCUCCAACAAAACCAGGGUAUUUUACAACAAAACAAUCCCCUUCCACAACUUAAUCAGCUACCAGGACAGCAGGCCCAGCAAAACCUUCAAUUCCAACCUAUCCAGGGCCAGCCACCCAAGCAGGGAUUUCUGAUGGGGAAUGAUAACCCUUUGGUCGGUGAUCAUCAGCAACAAGGGGGAGACAAUUUGGUGGCUCAGAAAAAUCAGGACGUACAGGAAAUGCAGCAACAGCCUGUUGUAGGAAAUCAUAAAAUAUCCGAUAAUUUGAUGGAACAGCAACAACAGCAACAUCAAGUGCAGGCUCCAAAUCUGGAUGCAGGUCAGGGGGAUAAGAAUCAAUAUGGCGGCCUGAAGCAGUUAGGAAUUGAUCCCAGUCAGGUAAAGGUCAAACAGGACGCAAACGCUGUCCUGGAUGCAGAGCAACAACAACAUCAGAUGGCUCCCCCUGGGGAGCACAUCAAGGUAGACAAGCCAGAUUCCAAUAUGGCUGGUGAGAUGGAUAAAAAUCUUCUCAAUGAAAAAACCGGGAAAAACAAGAAGCAUGAUUCCAACCAGGCCGGGGAAAUGGAGCCAGACCCCAAGGCAGAUCAUCAGGUUGGACCUGCUCCUCCAGCUAACGACAAUGUUGAUCCACCCAAUGUAGCUGACAAUCCACAGCAAAAUAUUCCACCUCUUAGAGAGAGUUUGGACCAACCCUUACCACAUAGGAAUAAUGAUCUCCUUGAUGUAGAAAAACAAGGACAUCAGGUGGCGCCCCCUGGUGGUCACAUCAAGGUAGACAAGCCAGAUUCCAAUAUGGCUGGCGAGAUGGACAGAAAUAUCUUCAAACAUAAAAAAGGGAAGGAUGAUUCCAAUCAGGCUGGGGAAAUGGUGCAUGGUGCGAAAAUCGGAAACCACGUGGGACCUGCCCCUCCCCAAGACAACAAUGUUGACCCACCCAACAUACCUGACGGACAUCAGGAUCAACACACUCCAUCGCCCCGACAUGGUGGUAAAGUGAAUAAACAAAAAAGCGGUCGACGUCCUAGAUUGAUGAACCAAGAUACAAAAUUCCACUUUCCCCGUCAUCUUGCUAGUGUUGACAAUGCACCCCCUAACAUGUGGAAAUAAACUAGUAAAAAAGUGUAUAAAAGGGAUGAGAAACCCUGUUAAUUGUGUAAAUAUCCUCAUACAAAAUAAAUGGGAUAGGAAAUCUGGAAUACAACUUUUUCUCAAAAUGUGCUCUCAUUACAAAUUGGAUGAGUAUCAUGGUAUAAAGAGGAUAAAAAUGAUAAAAUAUUAUGUAUUUCCUGGACAUGCUCGAAUGAAAAAUAAUUCUUCAAUAUUUUCAACCCUUUUUUUAGUUCAACCAAAAUUCGUGUCCACAAAACAUGUUUUAUAUUCAUUAAUGUUAUGCCUUGUAUUUUCUUGAUCUGUGCUUUAAAUCUGGGUGACAUUUCAAGUGCCAUGCUCACGUGCCUUAUGUUGUUAUUAGGGUAGGCUGUAAGGAUGUACGUGUCGGCCAGGAUGGGUGUGUACGUGUUUGAUGAUGUGUAUCUGACAAGGCUUCACUGCUAGAAUCAAAAGUCCAAAUAGCAUUAACUACACCCCUUAAGACACAUUUGAACUCUUCCAAUUCAAAGGUUGGAAUAGUUCAUCAUGAAAUUUAGGGGUGAAUGAGUUGAAGCAAACCACAACGGACAAAGAAUUUGGCAAAACGCCUUCUAGAGGUUGUUUAGAAGGAAUAGUUUACGAUAGCCAUGUUAAUUGUAAAGUUUACUUUAUAAACAAACUACUGUAACUUAAGGUCUGCAAAAGCUUUGAGAAAAAAAUCAAUAGAAAUGUGAAAUUGGGAAAUAGAAAUAUUUGAAUCUGUGAUUCCAAACAUAAGUUACAGUCGUUCAUAGGAGUGUGCCUGAUAAAUUGUUCAUAUAAGUAUACAAGGAUGUACGUAUGAAAGUAAUGGUGUCUAAAUCAUGUUUGUAUGUUACUGCAUAGGUAAGUAAUUACCAAAUUGAGAAGUUUAUAUGUUAUUUGCUUUUAGAAAAAGUAAUGUAACAUAUUUUGUACAGUUUUUUGCUCAUUGGUGAUCUAAAGACAGUAGACUCUGGUUUUGCUGUGAAUGUCACUCUUUAAGAAUGUCCAUAUAAAGAUGCAAGGAUUGCCAAAAAUACUUUCCCCAGAUACAUAGUGGUUGCUGUCCUAUUUCCAUAUAAAACUUUAGAAUGAACUAUAGAUCUACCGAUCACAACCAGCUAUAUGUAAGAUAUUUUCUGUUAGUAAAUAAAGAUUUUUGAUGUAAUGAAGAUCUCAUGACCUUGUGUAUAUGGGCAGAUUUUUGCAGUGAAAUAGCAACUGGCCUGUUAUACAAAUGGUUUGGGUUUGAUUUCUUGUGCUAGCAUGGAAUUUUCCAAGAUAUUAUCGCAUUGCUGCCAUAGAGCCCCUUCAGGACUCGUCAACUUAAAAGUAGCCAACCUUCAGGUAUAUACAUAGGACUAAAAGUCAGAGAUCCACAUCUCAUUGCAUUAAAAAAUCUUAUUAUUUAUGAAGGCUUCCAAACAGUUACUAUGUAAUCAAUUCUAGUCUUAUUAAGAUAUAUUUCAUAAACAUCGUAUUGAGUUAAGUAAUAUAAGUUCCUGGUAAAGAAACAUUCAGGUUCGAGGGAUUUCUUUUUUUACGUUUUUCUCUUGGUCUGUGUCCUUUCUUGUGUAUAAAUAUUUCCUUUUUUUCUGUUUCAGUUGUUUUUCUUGUUCUGUUCUUAAUUUCUUUUUCUGUUUUGAUUUAUUUGCAGAGACACUUUUAGGAUAGGAACGUUUGUAUCUUUUAUUUCAUAGAAGCCAGCCUUACCUGACCCAACAAUUACAUUAACAGCACCCAUUCUGUAGUUGUUGGUUUUCCAGUGUGUCCCCCGGCCUGUAACCCACAGGUGCUUAGUUGUGGUCCAUUCCUGAUAUGAAAAAGAUUUUUUUUAGUGUACCUGUACUUGCUUGUGUAUUUGAAGUUAAAUUUCUUAGGAUUUUUGUUACGGAUUAACAUAUAUUUCAUCUUAAACACAUCUGUAAAACAUUUUGAGAUAUUUUUCUCCAAAGUCACGCUGACAUUUACUAUUCUGCUUUGUUGAAGGAAGCUUUAAAGGCUAAGUCUCGGAAUUGAAGGAAGCGUUUUUCAAAUAAACUUAGAACUGACGAGUUCUAUAUAAGCAAAGUGUCAGAACUUAAGUUAAUUGUGUUAUGUAAAUGAAAUCUCAGAAUUUAAGUAGAGGGCUUCUAUAUCAGCCAGGUCUCAGAUGUCAAGUCGAUGACUCUGUAUAAGCUCAGUCAUGGAGCUUGAAUUGAUGAUUGCUUGUUAAGUAAUGUUUCAGAACUCUAGUCGAGGGACAGUAUGUCAGUCUCAGAAUCAUUUCUGUUAAGUCAUGAUCUACUGAUCACAAAAAGGAAUCUAUAGUUUUAGUCACAACUACUAUACAUAAACCAUACACUAGAUACUGUAAAUGUCUGUAGAAUUUGUGUUUACACUGUAUUAUAUUAUUUAACAUACAAUUGUUUUCUAUAUUCGGAACAUCAUGAGCUGACACCUGCCAAAUUAUAUAAAGGCACUAUAUUGAUAUGUAUUAAGUCACCGAUACUUAUUUCAUUAAGUUUAUGUCACAUUAUUGACAAAAAAAACAUUCCAUCACCUUAUUUUUUACCUGGUAUAUGUUCUAUGUUUAGGACUGGUUUCCAUGGUUUUAUUUUUUUCAGUAUUUGUUAUCGUUGUUUUGCCUUAUUCUGUAGGAAUAUUUCCUUUACCGUGAAUGUUUGAUGUUCAAAAGAAAGAUAUGCGUUGGUGAUAUAACACGUACCGUAGAAUUAUAGCAAUACUCUUCGUCAUUCCAACAGGUUUUAGUUGACAUAAAACUGUCUGUCCUGCUUCAUUUAGUUUCGUCAAUAUUUACCUCGCAUGCUCCACAGGGCUAAGUGAUCUGAUGCUGUGGUGUGGCAUCGAUUGUCAAUCUACAUUUUCUAUAAAACACAACUUAUCAAGAAAGUUAUUUUGACCAAAUAUGGCAUAGAUCAUUAUAAGGCUACAGGAAUUAUGCUGGGUGUGCCCUUCCGUAUAACUUGCAAAAGGGAAAUAGGGAUUAAUAUUUAAAAGUAUACUAGGUUUAAAUGAAGGGACUUUGGCCUACAUGUAAUUUGGUAUUGAAUUUCCAAGGGAAAGGGAAUUCAACAUUGUAUAGAUUUAAGCUACUGCCAUGGGCAACAGAGAUGUUUGGCUCAAAAUAGGGCAAAAGGAUAGCGCCUUAAAUAUGAGUGAAGGGGUUUUACCUUUAUGGCAUCGAGUACCCUUAAAGAAAACCAGGAAAGCAAUACUGGCUUAUGGGUUUCUUAUUAAGAUUAUGAAUACAGUCUGUAGUCAUCCAAUAUUCUCUUUUCUUAAAUAGUUCUUUUUACACCUACUUCAAAAUAAACACAUCUUGUGAGACUAGGGAAUAUCUGCACAACGUUAAACCAGCAAUAAUAUUGUACAAGGAAAAAGAUCAAUUAAUUUUCAUUUGCAGUCAUGAAUUGAGAACUAUUUUAAUUUUCAAAUUAAAUCCAAGUUUUGGGCGAUUUCCCUUGACGACUCCUGUGAUAAAAAAAAAAUGAUGUCAGAAGUGUAAAAAUGAGUUGGAUAUGGAUAUCUCAUUCAUGAUCGUAAACAUCGAGAAUCUAAAUUAAGCGGUAUAGACAGGUGUUGUAUAGGUAGGAAGUAGGUUAGUUUGUAGUAGGGGAUUGAGGCUUGAAAUCAUUUUGUAAUAAAUAUUUAAAUUAUGAUAAUAAAAUAAUGUGAAAUUGA